AUGGAGGGCCGCAAGCAGGCCGAGAAGCUCAAGUGGGGCGUCAAGCUGCGGCUCGACUUGAAGAAGCCGGUCAUAGGCCUGGCGGCGCACCCGCGGGAGCAGCAGCUGGUGGCGCUGUUCGGGGACGGCGCGCUGAGGGGCUACGCGCUGGGGCAGGGCGGGCUCGUGCCGACGUUCACGCUGCCGGUUGACUCUCUGGCGGGCCGCGUGUCCCUGGCCGCGUGCCUGCUUGAGGGCCACAAGCACCCCUUCAUCCCGGGCGCCGCGCUGCUGCUCUACGGCACCCAGAACGGCGGCAUCAUGGCGUUCGAGCUGGCCGGGCGCGACGAGCCGCGGCUGCUGCUGCGCGCGCGCGCGCCGGGCGGGCGCGCGGUCGUCGGCAUGGGCGUGCACAGGGACUCCAACACCCUGCUGGCGUUCACCCUGUUGCCUGAUGGGGAGGUCGGCGCCCUGGGAUGGCAGAUGUACUCCAUGAGCGCAUCCGGGACGCCUGCGGGCGCGGCGGCCGGCCCCACGGGCGCCGAUGCGACCGCCGCGGCGGCGGGCGCGUCACGGGAAGGCCGCAUCGUGCUGGCGGCCGUCCCAGUCGAGAUGCCUACCCUCGCCGCUGCACCCGACGGCGGAGCGGCGGCGGCGCCGGCCACGUCCCGCCCCCCCCAGGCUGGCGCCGCAGGCGGUGCCGCCGGCGGCGGCAGUGCGGCGUCGUGGCAGGACCUGUGGGCGCCCAUGGCGGCGGCUGUUGCGGACGAUGGCAGCAAAAACUUCCUGCUGGGCCGCGUGCUGGCGCCGUCGGUGUCGUCGGUCGCGGUGCACCCCACCCUAGGCAUCGUGGCCGUGCAGCAGCUGCCGCCCCUCGCGCUGCGCCAGUGA